CCUGUAUAUGCCAUAUCAAUCACUACAUGUGUCAAUGCGCGGAAUGACCCUAGAGGUGCCUCAAAAGUACAUUGAUAAGUUUGAUUAUGUUGUGUCGGAUGUUAGGCGCCGACUGGCGGCUAUGGCUAACAAUAUGGACGAGUCGAUUGGCGUGAUUAUAGAGCGCUUACAUUCCAGGGGAAUGUUAGACAAUAGUGUCGUUAUAUUUGUUAGCGAUAACGGCGGCGAUCCCCUACAGCACGUGGGUAAUGGUGGUUCAAAUUAUCCAUUACGUGGGACAAAAUUAGGGUUAUUUGAGGGUGGGAUCAGAGUUCCGGCAUUCAUAUGGAGUCCAUUGUUGAACAAAAGUGGUUACGUAUCGAAUGCAUUGAUUCAUGUGACAGACCUGUUGCCUACCAUAUUGGACGCCAUUAACGGCACCGGUAUUCGCAACGAGAGUAAUAUUUAUGUAAUAACGAAUUAA